CGAGUCAUGCAGUCUUUUCGAGAAAGGUGUGGUUUCCAUGGCAAACAGCAAAACUACCAGCAGACCUCACAGGAGACAUCACGCUUGGAGAAUUACAGGCAGCCAAAUCAGGCCGGGCUAAGCUGUGAUCGGCAGCAGCCACUCACCAAGGACUAUUAUAACCAACAGCCUUACCCAGGCUACGAGGGCAGUGUGGGGGCAUCUAGCAGCUCGGCAGCCUCAGUGGUGGCUGAGAAGUAUCAGCCAAGCACCAAAGCUUUACCUUCUCAGCAGGCCCUGUCCGGGCGGCCAGCCUUUCCCAGCUAUAGCAUGCAGGACAGCAGCCUGUAUCCAGGCCGAUAUUCAAGUGGGGAGGAAAGCCUACAGACCUGGGGGACUCCACAGCCACAGUCCCUGCCAGGUGGUGUGGGCAAAUAUGAGGAAAGCUUGAUGAAAAAGACAGCAGUGCCCCCAAGCAGGCAGUACCCAGAUCAGAGCUCUCAGCUUCCCUUUCGGACUCAUUCCCUACACAUGCAGCAACAGCAACAACUACAGCAGCUGUCUCAACCUCAGCCACCCCUCGUGUACCCUAAACUCCAGAGACAGAAGCUGCAGAGCGACGUUGCCUCACCACUGCCCUUCCCCCCAAGUAGCCACUUUCCCCAGCAUUCACAGUCCUUCCCUGCCUCCUCCACCUACUCCCAGUCUGUCCAGGGUAGUGGGCAGGGGGCCCAUUCCUAUAAGAGUUGUACAGCACCAUCGGUUUCAUCCCAUGACCGGCCACUGACAGCUAACUCCAGCCUGGCUCCAGGGCAACGAGUCCAAAACCUUCAUGCCUACCCAUCUGGCCGUCUCAGCUAUGACCAGCAGAAACAGCAGCAACAAGCCCUUCAGAGCCGUCACCAUGCCCAGGAAACCCACCAUUACCCAAACCUCACCAAGUACCAACACUACGGGCAGCAAGGCCAGGGCUACUGCCAACCAGAUGCAGCUGUUCGAACUCCAGAGCAGUACUACCAGACUUUCAGCCCCAGUUCCAGCCACUCACCUGCACGUUCUGUGGGCCGCUCACCUUCCUAUAGCUCCACCCCAUCACCACUGAUGCCAAACCUGGAAAAUUUUUCCUAUAACCAGCAGCCACUUGGCUCCGGGGCCUUCCCUACUGGGAUCACUGACCACAGCCACUUUAUGCCUCUGCUCAAUCCCUCUCCUACAGAUGCUGCCAGCUCUGCAGACCCUCAGGCCAGUAGCUGCAAGCCCCUGCACAAGGACAAGCUCCCUGAGAACCUGUUAUCAGACCUCAGUCUGCAGAGCCUCACAGCUCUGACCUCACAGGUGGAGAACAUCUCCAAUACUGUGCAGCAGCUACUGCUCUCAAAGGGCUCGGGGGCACAGAAAAAGGGGAUCAAGCCCCUGGUCUCCAGGCCCCCUGAGCAGGGCCAGCACUGUAGCCCUGAGAGCAGCAGUUACUUGGCAGAACCAGUGGGCACUCCUCUGUCAGAGCCACUGAGCAGCACCCCACAGUCCAUCCAUGCUGAGCCCCCAGAGGCUGACUACUUGAGUGGCUCUGAGGACCCUCUGGACCGCAGCUUCCUCUACUGCAACCAAGCCCGGGGGAGUCCUGCCAGAGUCAACAGUAACUCUAAGACCAAGCCUGAGUCAGUGUCCACCUGCUCUGUGACCUCUCCAGAUGACAUGUCCACUAAGUCUGAUGACUCCUUCCAGAGUCUACACAGCAGCCUGCCACUGGACAGCUUCUCUAAGUUCGUGGCAGGUGAGCGAGACUGUCCACGGCUGCUCCUCAGUGCCCUGGCGCAGGAAGACCUGGCCUCUGAGAUCCUGGGGUUGCAGGAAGCCAUGGGCGAGAAGGCCGAGAAGGCCUGGGCUGAGGGGCCCAGCCUGACAAAGGAUGUUAACAAGCCCCCCUUCUCCCUGGAGAACCACAGCACCUGCCUGGACCCUGGGUCCAAGAGUGGGUGGCCGAGGUCAGGAGAACCAGAGGCACUAACUGACCCCUUACAGCUGGAAAAGGGCAGCAACAAGGACUUCAGCCCAGGACUAUUUGAGGAUCCCUCCAUGGGCUUUACUGCCCCUGACCCCAAAAAGGCAGCUGGGUCCCUCUCUUUCAUCACCAAAGUCCCCCUUGGAGCAGACCCUACAACAGCAGCCUUCGACUGCUUCCCAGACCCAGCCACCACUGGCUCAGCAGACAGCACCAACCCCUUUGCCUGGCCAGAGGAGAACCUGGGUGACCCCUGCCCCCGGUGGGCUCUGCACUCUGGGGAGAUCAACAAGGGUGUAGAGUCUAGUGAGAAGGCCUCGGAGGGUAUGAGCAAAGAGGCACCAGCCUGCCUCAGCUUCCAAGGGGAAGAGCCAGCAGGGGAGAAGGCGGCAGUGCCUGGGGACAUGAAGCAGGAGGAGGAGGAGGGUGGAAUGAAGGAAGAGGCUGAGGCCAGCCGGUGGCUGGAAGAAGGCCAGCAUUGCUGCACCCCUGCUGACUUUGGGGACCUCCCGCUGCUGCCUCCCACUGGCAGGAAGGAGGAGCUGGAGGCGGAGGAGGAGUACUCCUCCCUGUGUGAGCUCCUGGGAAGCCCUGAGCACAGGCCCAGCCUACAGGACCCACUCUCCCCCAAGGCCCCACUGACUCACACUAAGGAGGAGGUAGAAGAGGCACUAGACUCCAAGUCUGGCUGGGGUUCGCCCUGCCACCUCUCUGGGGACUCUGUCAUCCUACUAGGCCCCACCGUGGGCACUGAGUCCAAGGUCCAGAGCUGGUUUGAGGCUUCCUUGUCCCACAUGAAGCCAGGUGAGGAAGGGCCUGAUACAGAGCACGCACCAGGAGACACUGUUACCCCUGAUACCUCACUGCCCUCAAAGUUCAACAAGCCCGCCAUGCCUGAGGCCCCCGUUGCCAAGAAGGAGCCUGUGCCACGGGGAAAGAGCUUGCGGAGUCGGCGGGUACACCGAGGGCUGCCGGAGUCCGAGGACUCCCCAUGUAAGGUUCCUGCACUGCCCAAAGACCUCCUACUUCCCGAGUCCUGUGCAGGCGCCCUCCAGGGAGAGAUGGAAGAGGCAGAAGCCCCUGGCCGGGGCACUUCAGAAGGGCUCCCCAGAAUGUGCACACGUUCCUUCAUGGCUCUAAGUGAACCCCGUACACCUGGCUUUCCCAGCCUGCCCACUACCCCUGCAACCCCAGAACGAUUGGGAGGCAAGCAGCGUGCAGCCUUCAAGUCAGGCAAACGGGUGGGGAAGCCUUCACCCAAGGCUGCAUCCAGCCCCAGCAACCCAGCUGCCCUGCCUGUGUCCUCUGAUAGCAGCCCCAUGGGUUCCAAAACCAAGGAGCCAGAUUCGCCCAGCAACCUGGGCAAGGACCAGCGCUCCAUGAUCCUCCGGUCCCGCACCAGGAUCCAAGAGACCUUCCACGCCAAGCGAAGGCGGCCUGUGGAGACCCAGUUGCCCAGCUGCCGCACCACCAAGAAGCUGCUCACCAACAACUACCUGCCUGUGCCCUUCAAGGCCUCUGGUGGCUCCCAAAAGGAAGGCAGAGUAGCCCAGCGGGUUCGGGUCACCAAGCCCAGCGGGAGAGGCAGCAAGUCCUCUGAGCGACCCCUGGGUACACUGAAGAGGAAGUCCUCUUUAGUAGCACCUGUCCCCUCCAAGAAGCGCAGUCUAGUGUUGCGGAGCAAUAGCAGUGACUGCAGCGGGGAUGCCCAUGAGGAGAAGGCAGAAGGCACCCUCACCCUCUUCAAGAGGUUGUCUUCUCCCAAGAAAACCAAGCUGGCCCAAAGCAGUGAGGGUGAGCCCCCCACAAAGGCCUUGCCAACAGAGGCCCCCAGUGUCUGCAUCAAGAUAGCUUCACGGGCAGCCUUCCAAGGGACUAUGAAAACCAAAGUGCUCCCCCCCCGUAAGGGUCGAGGCCUGAAGCUGGAGGCAAUUGUGCAGAAGAUAACCUCACCCAGCCUCAAGAAGUUUGUAUGCAAGGUGGUGCCUGGGGUCACACCUGCUGAUCCCCUGAGCUCAGCUAUCCCAGAGAAAGAGCGAGCACUCAAGAACUUGGGAGGCAGCCCUGUAGGAACAGAGGAAGGGCUGAUGACCACAAGUGUGGGGCAGAAGCUUCCAGCAGCUCUGGGGGCUGACUCCUUGUGCAAAAAUUCAAACAAUAGAUCCUUAAAAGGCAAGCUUAUCAAUAGUAAGAAACUGUCCUCAACUGAUUGUUUCAAAACUGAAGCCUUUAUGGUGCCAGAGGCCCUUCCACCUGGAGGAACAACACUGAUAUCUAAGAAGAGAAAUAGGAAGGGCAGGGCUGGAGCCCCGGGACUCACUAAAGGCCUUCAGGAUGAGCAUUCCCAUGUGGGUCCAGGUCUACUCCCAGCCCCCCAAGAGAGGGCUAGCAGCACACCAGAGGGUGAUGAGGACAUCUCUGGUGGAGGAGGCAAAAAGCCAAAGAAGGAAGGGCUGGGCGCCGAUCUCCAGUCUCCUGAGGACCUGCUAUGCCAGCCCUUGACCAGGGCACAGAAACAGCCAGGCCAUGUAAACUACAGUAGUUACUCCAAGCGGAAGCGACUUGCACGGGGCCGGGCCAAGAGCACCACCACCUCACCAUGCAAGAGUCGUGCCCGACGACGGCGUCAACAGCAGCAGAUACUGCCCCUGGAUCCUGCAGAACCUGAAAUCCGCCUCAAGUACAUUUCCUCCUGCAAACGGCUUCGGGCUGAUAGCCGGAUUCCAGCCUUCUCCCCCUAUGUGCGGGUAGAGAAACGAGAUGUGUUCACCACCCUGUGCACUGUUGUCAACUCACCUGGGGAUGAGCCUAAGCUCCACAGGAAGCUUUCUUCCUUCACCUCCUCUUCAUCGUCCUCCUCCUGCUUCUCCUUGGACAUGGCCCCUGCCUUGCUUCCUGCAGGCUCCAUUCUGCAGCCACAGUCCUCCUUGCCCCUCUCCUCUACCAUGCACCUGGGGCCUGUGGUCUCCAAGGCCCUUAGUACCUCUUGUCUUGUUUGCUGCCUCUGCCAAAACCCAGCCAACUUUAAGGACCUUGGGGACCUCUGUGGUCCCUACUACCCUGAACACUGCCUCCCUAAAAAGAAGUCAAAACUCAAGGAGAAAAUGAGAGCAGAGGGCACCUAUGAAGAGACCUCACUGCCCCUAGAGAGAAUGCAUAGAGGCCUCGAGUGUCCAGCCACCACCACCACCCCUGGGAAGCUCCCCAGGCUUGAUAGCUCAGCUGACUCAGCCAAGCAGGGCUCCCUGCGCACCAGUGCCCGAGGCCUGUCCAGGCGGCUGCAGAGUUGCUACUGCUGUGAUGGCCAGGGUGAUGGGAGUGAUGAGGCGGCCCCAGCUGACAAGAGUCGCAAACACGAGUGCAGCAAGGAGGACCUGGCAGAGCCCAGCGGGGGCACCCAGGAGCAUUGGGUGCAUGAGGCCUGUGCUGUGUGGACGGGCGGGGUCUACCUGGUUGCCGGGAAGCUCUUUGGGCUGCAAGAAGCCAUGAAGGUGGCUGUGGACAUGACAUGUUCCAGCUGCCAAGGAGGCGGUGCCACAAUUGCGUGUUGCCACAAGGGAUGCAUCCACAGCUACCAUUACCCCUGUGCCAGUGAUGCUGGUUGCAUAUUCAUCGAAGAGAAUUUUUCUUUGAAAUGUCCCAAGCAUAAGAUACAGUGCAGCCUGGGAUAA